AUGACCGCGUUGGCUUCUUGGCAGCUGCUUCUUCUCCUCUGUGUCACCAUCUUUGGGGAGCCACUGGCAAAGGUGGCACCUGUGGCGAACCCUGGACCCACAGGUCAGCGGCCCGGACCCCAGGAACUCAUCAAUGCCUGGGAAAAAGGCCCGCGGUGCGCAGAGAGGAAACCUGGGGUUGCAGGGCUGAGAGCCCGUCGGACCUCGCCGUGCCCACCUGUCGAGAGCUCCGCGGGGCGCCCGCGGCCCGUGUGCGCUGCUCGCAGUCGCCUGAUCCCGGCACCGCGCGGAGCGGUGCUGGUGCAGCGCGAGAAGGACCUGUCAGCCUACAACUGGAACUCCUUCGGCCUGCGCUAUGGCAGGAGGCAGGCGGCGCGGGCAGCGCGGGCAACACGAGCAGCGCGGGGCUGA